AUGUCCCUGUUUCAUAUUCGUCCACACACUCAAUCGCAACACCCUCAACUUUGGUUCGACACCGGCUUCUCGUCUCACAACGUACUUCUUCACCAUCAAAACAGCCCAUGGAGUAGACUCGCGAGUGAUAUUUCACUCCUGACUCGCAACCUCAGUCCCCCAGAGAUUGCAGACGAAAUCAUUGCCCGUAUCUCUCAAAUAAAGAAUCCGUUGGCACCAUACCCAGCAAGGAACAAGGACAGCGAAAGUCAGCUCAAGGCAGCAGCUUCCAAAGCCGCAGGCAAAGGAGACACCUCGGGCUCGGGGACUACCCCCACGGUGGCAGAAGUUGGUGCAAAGGCUGGAAACUCCCUAUUUGCACAAGCAGUCACAAGGGCGGCGAAGGACGCUGCCGGAGGCAAGUCCGACGCCAAAAAAGGCGACGAGCCCAAGCUGAGAACGGCCUUGGAUGGCGAGUUUGUCGUCGGACCGUUGAUGGUUGCCAAUGCCCUCGUCAUUAGUGAAGAAUUCAAUAUCGACGAGGUCGAGAGUUAUGUUCUCCUUCGCAGUAUGAUGUACAACAAGGGCGUUCCCAUACCCGUGGACGUCGUCGAAGCCGCCUCUGCAAACCCGGACAAAGCAGACGGUGGAGCGGGAAAAGAAGGGGAGAAUGGUUCUUCGAGUGGUGUAAAGCAGCUAGCAAGCCGCACCACCUCGCGAAGGGAUCUCGACGACUACGACUUUGCUAUUCCCAAAGAAGUUCUCAUCAAGACAUUUGCCUUAUUCCACGGCGAAGAGGUACUCGCAAUUCUCAAGAGCCUGACUUCGCUCUGCAUCGCCUAUCAAAACACAGAGCACCCACUCCAUAAUGUCGCUCUCGACGUCGUACCCCGGAUCCUGGGAAAUGACAACAGACCAGGAGAAAUUGACGACCAAGCCGUCAAGCAAUACAUUGAACGCUUGCUUCGUGACUAUUCCAUCCGUUCGGGGCUCGAGGACUCGGACAAGGUCGCAAAGAGCGAAAAGGCAAGAGGGAAACAGGCCGUCGGUCGUCCUGCGUCCUCACUCUUCAAAGCUGGAUCAGCAUCGUCAGAAAAACCACCAUAUCGCUCUCAUGACGUCUCGCAAAUUCUUUUGGAACAACGAGCGAUCUUGGAGCUUCUCUUUUGGCUUCUGUGGGCUGGAAUAUUGCCAUGGGCUCGAGUCGCUGUCUCUAUCCUCACAUUGGCUUACCAGUGCGACCUUGGACUAAAUGUCCGGGUGCCUGCCAACCCCGAUGGGUCUGGGCCUACAAACAACCUCCUCUAUCUUGAGGAUGCCGAUAAGUCAAUCCUAAAGCAAGUAGAAAUGCUGUGGAUGCUGCUCUCAGUGUCUCUAUUUGACCUUGCGCAUCUCCAAUCGGGGACAAUGUCGCUCUCCCUUUUGCCCAACCAACCAGGCGGUAGCGAAAGUUCGGAUUACCAGCGCGUGUACGACUCUCGGCUCUUGCCCCAACUUCACUCCAUCAUUUCUUCAUCUCCAUCGGACCCUCGAUACUCUCCCAUUCUUCUUGGAUGGUCCUUUGUGCUUUAUAGCAUCUGCCAACUUGCGACAGAAAUGGGCGACCGACUGCCAAAUCAGUACAUCUCGUUCAUGAAGGCAAUCAUCCCAGACUUCAACGUUGAUACUAUCAGCGACAGUACCUCGGGAAUUGGAGGAUGGCUGAGUAGCCAAUUGGCAGGGUAUGCUAUCAACGAUCUCAAAGUACUCGAUUAUCUCGAUGCAUGUAUUGUUCGAGAGGAAAGCGAAGGUACCAAUAUUUUUGAUGGUGAAGGAAAAGGUCAUAGUGUCGGCUUUGGGCCACCCAUCUAUCGAACAGUUGUCAAACGACUUGUCAUCUGUAUUCCAUCUCAACUCUCCAUUUCCCUUCUCCCAAUCGAAUAUCGCUCGUCAUACUUGCGCUUAUUCGGAAAUCUCUUCGGACAUGGUCCCUCUCUUCCAGAGCUUGCGGCGACAUACUGGCAAAACGACGUGUUGGCAGAGCCCUAUAGAGAGGCGCUGAACCUCACAACGGAACUCUUUCCUCUCGUGGGGACUUCCCUUCCGUCAAACGGAGCACUGGGUCCAUUCAUUCGCCUGCAAAGAGCCCUCAGUGGUGUAGGGCACUGGGAUCUCGAGGCCAGCAAGGAUCUUUCCUCCAUCAGCCGGUUCAACAGCACUAUUGUGCCCUCUCCCGCUUCUGGCCGAGUCGGAGCAAUCAGUGAUGGUCUCUGGGGCGGGAGCGUGUACAAUAACGGCGGCAUUGCGUUUCUGGAACGCGCUCGAGAUGAGGAUAGAAAGCAAGCGGCACUUCACGUCUAUCACUACCUGGACGUGAUGGACUCGUUUGCAAUGGUGCUCCCAAUGAGCCUCCGAAACCUUUGGGAGACAUCGAGUGCCCUUUCAGAGGAUGGAACGCCAACAACGAUAUAUCAUAACUUGUACCCUUUUCAACUCCCCGGAGGCUCCAUAUUACCAGUUCGAAGUGGCGGUCAGCUCGUCAGUGGAGGCAGCGGUAAACCUCUUGUGGUCCGUUGGAAGCACAGGUACUCGGGGUGGUGCCUGCUCCUCGAAAUUCUGGACGAAUGCGCAAAGAUUGUUAACAAUCCGGCCAGUCGCUCUUCUGCCGCUCAUGCCGGACAAGAACCAGUGGCUCCAAACGUCAAUGUGAAUCAGCUUCGCAAAGGAGUUGGGAAGCCCGUCAAUUUUUCCCUAGCUGCUGUCGGCGUCGACUUGGCUUCGAGCGAUGUAGAAGAGCUGAUUGUUGAGAUCCUUGAUCUCGUCAGGAGUGUCCUCAUGUUUGCAGAUGAUCCGAGUAGGAUCUCGUUGCUGGAUAGCAUGGAGGAACGCGAUGUUAUCGGAGAUUCGAUGGAAGAGGAUCAACCCAAUAGCGUGGAGGAGACAAAGAAGCUCGAGCUUGCAGAGGUCGUGCUGCGAUUAUUGAGCGACGCGCUCUCGCGCUCCUCUUCUCGCGCGGGAACGCUUUCGGGGGCUGUCAAGGUCACCAAAGAGACGCAGAACAGCAAAAUCAUCUCCAGCGCCAUCCUUACCUUGAGUGUAUUGGCGAGAGCAUCUCCCAAUCGUGUAUGGCCUUAUAUGCGAUCAACAGGCUUCCUCGGACUCACGGGUGUGGGCCUUGGGUUCGGCACCUCUGGCUCUUCCCAUUACAAUACAUCUGGUUCACAGUCGACAUACUUCCAACCCAGCACAUUGCCGCAAUCGUCCACCGCGGCGGUUCUCAUCUCCGAACGAAUGACUGGUACCUACAACAUUACCUUUGCUGUCAUUUCUCUUGUACGGUCGUUGCUCGACAAUGCCCUGACAAGUGACUUUGAAGCCGCGCUUUCCCGUCAAUUACAAAGUGAGGUACUCGGGAAUGCUCUCCGAUUCGUUCAUACCAAUAUAUGGACGGAAUACUCUGGGUGGAAAUACAGGCGCCUGGGAGACCGAUUUGAGAUUGGAAGGCGGAUUGCGGAAAUGUAUUGCGAUAUUGUGGGUAACUGGGCGACAAACUCAGAGCGACAGGGCUCAACCCAGGGGGUUUUCAAAGGGUUGGCCGACUACGUCCUCGAUGUUUUCCUGCACCAAGCCAUUCCAAUCACGCUUUCUCCCUUGAUCCACAUCCUCACAAUUGGUCAGGAGAUGGCGACUGCACUUAAGGCAUCAUCGCGUGCACUGGAAGACGCAGAAUUGAUAUGGCUUCUUCAAGCGUUCCUUUACUUGCUUCGCCUUCUGCUUGCACAUAAAGCCACUUCGCAGAAUAGCGCAAAGCAGUCCCUCCUCGAGCAUCAGCUUUGCGUCGGGACUUCCCCCUCUUCCACUGGCAGCAACACGCGCCAGGCGAAGCAAAUUCCAAUCGACUCCAUCGCCAAACUUAUCAGCAACGAUGAGAUGGGACCCAACGUUCCUUCCUACGCUUCCGAGGUCAUCUCCCUCCUUAUUCUCAGCUUUUCCAAGAUUCAGCCCUCUGCACCAAGCUUGGUGAUGCAUAUGCAGGAUGCAGAGGAGACAACGAAGCAACUCGUCGCCAUAGUCCGUGAUCCCUAUCAAGAUCCGCGUCUGAGGCGAUCCAUCUGGACUCUGAUGGCCACUGCGGUCGAGCACCAGCCAGCGUUCGCAACCUUGUUUGUCACGGGAUCUUUCUAUAACCGGCUUUGGCCCGAGGGAGCGUCUGACGACAAAGGAAAGGCGAAGGCGGACGAAGUCGCCCCAGCUCAAGACGAAAAAAACGUUCCGGACACCUUGCUAAGGAGGAGGAGCGCCGUUAGCAUUGCAGUUCAGAGUGCUUCUAUCUGGGAUAAUCUUUGGGAAGCUGACCCUGAGCUGCUUUGUUCGAUGCUACGGUUUAUCGCCGUUGUAUGGCGCCAUGGCUUGGAGCAUGCAGCAGUUCUUGACCAAGUGCGGAAGGAUGCCGCGUUUUGGACCCGUAUAAUCUGGAUAUUACGCCAGCGAGUUUCCUCUGACUCUCCGCGUACCGGCAUGGAAGUGGAACGAGUAGGCGCAUCGGCUUUCCAAUCCACCUCUCAGCAAGCCUAUCACAUACUUAGCCAAGCAUAUGUGGUCGAAAUCCUUUCCAUCGAAGUCAGUUCACAUCGCGCGCGUAGCAAAGGCUCAAGCGCCCCGACCACACCAUUGAGCAUAAUGGGCCUGAAAAGCUUUCUCCAAUCGGGGACUGCGCUCUCGCAACACUUGAAGGAUGCAGCGACGUCUUCCUUUGAUCCUUCCCUGCACUCCAGUCUCGCUCAGCAGUUCAAGGACUCUCUGCCAGAUUUCGACCUGGAGGCGCUCCAAACCCCAUUCCCAUUCUCCCACCGUCAUUUCGGUCCCGAUUAUCUCUAUCAGAUCACCCUGCUUGAAUCACGACUGCCUAUCGAAGCCUAUCCACGCGAAAUACCUCGAAUAAGGCAAAUCCUUCACACUGCACAAGCGGCCAACUGCAACUGGUCGUUGGUUGAUGCGCAAAUUGAGCACACCCGGGCCUGGAAGAAGUUUGUGCAAGAGGGAGGCCCCACGGUCCAAGGCGGAGAUGCUGGUCAGGAGAUGUUGUUCUCUCUCUCCAUUCCCCUGUCGGAGAUAAUAGCCAAAGAGUCAAGGCGUGGAGACAUUAUGGCGGUUAUUCACGUGGAGCGUUUAGGGAUAUUGCUCGCACUUCUCGAGGGGAGCUGGUCGUUGCCUCUAUCGGGUGAUAAGAAGCUUGUCAAGAGCUUCUGUGACUUGGUUCGAAACGUUCAUGCCAUCGUGAUGAGCGAAACCUUUCCGCCGAUCGACUCUCUUCGCCAGACGCGAGCAGGUGUUGGAACGCAAUAUCACCGAUUAGUUCUACGACUGGCCUACCUCUGCUCUCGCAGGGCUCGGGCAGUGUGUUCCAAGCAGUCACUGCUCACUGCAGACCAAUGCUCCAUCAUCGCCUCUGCAAUGUUCUCCAUCACUGCGUUUGUCUCUGUCGCGCUGGUAGAAACCAUCGAAAACGCCAGAUCAACGCAAGCCGUUGAGAUCGACCGCGAUUUGGAGCUCCUAGUCACCGUCUUUGAGCAGUCUACUCGACCCGAGCUCCAUACAUCUCCGGGUCUUUGGCUAGAACGCGUUCAAGAGCUCAACUUGGCUAGAAUAAGUCUUGAACUGCUUGCCAAGUGCGACAUCGCUGGUGUACAUAUGGACGAAGAGUCAUGGAGGACACUUCGAUAUCCACUCUAUGCACGGCAUAUGCUCGCUCUUCAAGCUUCUCUAUCGAGCACAGAUGGAGCUGCCGAUACGCUGGCUAUGUCUGGCGCAGCCUCUGCGUACUGCAGUAUCAGCAUUGCUCCGGCGCUGAACGUAGGCACGCUCGACACAUAUCACCCCGCCCUUCCCGGUGACCGAAAUCCUGCUCAUACGGCUUGGUGCAUGAUUCUCACCAUCAUGACCGGCCUCGUUGGAUCAGUCGGCUCUCGAAGUGGACACUUCAUCGAGACGGAAGUCGUGAGUUUCAUUCAAUUCUAUGGUGCACAACUCUCUCGUGCUUUAGAAUGGAAUGUAGGACUUCCACUUAGUAGUGCAAUCCUGGACGAGCUCAAUGGAGUCAUGGGUCUUUUCUAUGCCAUGUCCCUUUGGGUCAAUCCCCGGUCUCCCAUUGAUCAGCAAGCCAAGGCAAUCCUCGAAACGUUCUCCGAAAAAUCUUUGACGCUCCUGCAACAUUUGAACUACGUGCUAUCUCAUCCCAACCACCUGGCAAGCCUCUUUGAGGCCAAUUCUUCGGAAGAACGGCGGAUACUGGAUCGUGAACUUGCUCAAAGUGUCGGUAUGACAUCGACAUCCGACUUGCUGGAUGUCGACAAGCGACCGUUCAUAGCAACCCUGACGCAAAAGCUGCAUGGUACUGUUCGGGACAUCUUGUCCACACUUGUCAUUGUCAAUCAAGGUGACGCCGUCAUCGUGACUGAGCCAGACGAUUGGCCAACCACCGUUCAGAUUGCACCUACGACAAAAGUUGUAGUUGGCGAGCUCGCUACAAUGGGGACCUUGCUCGAGAUGGGCAACGGGAUAGUCGAGGUCAUGGACCACUUCAAGGAGAAGAAACGAGCGAAACCACCCCCAUCGACAUCGCUGCAGCCAUACGAAUCGUCCUAUGACCUUUCGCUUUUGACCCAGUCGCUUGAGUCUAUCGCUAUAUUCAGCGUAACGCAGCUCGCGAUAUGGAAUCAACAACGUGAGGCAGGCGAUAUUUCACAGGAGGACGUUGGAGCAGAAUGGAACGACAUUGGCUACGGUAAAGAUCCUUCGGCAUUCCUUGGCUUGAUGGCAUUGAAGAGAACUGCCCUCCUGCCUGGUAUCGGAGGGGAUGUCGUGUCUGAGCUUCUUGCAAUGCUAAGCAAAGCGAAAUCAGCCCUCUCGAAAGCCUCGAAACCUGUCGGGAACAAGGAGAAGAACAUCAUCGAUAUCCUAGAAGCAUUCUUAAACCUCCGCGUCAACUAA